AAUGGGAAGCGAGGCUUUGCAGAGAAAGGCACACAAAUGUGAUUCUAGUAAAAGAUACACUGGGUUCUCACGGAAUCUCUUAACUCACAUAGCUCGCCAGGUUUUUCCCCUCAACACCAAUCCACUCUUCCCCUCAUUUUCUCUCGACUCCACGGUCCCCACCCCAGAUUCCCGUGACAUUUUCCCAAUCCAACACUUAAUUGAGCGACUGGGAUUCCUCACGUGCGGGGUUGAUUUGUAGUUUGAACACGUGGCUCAUUCAAAAAAGCCGGAAUAUCCUCGUUUUUUUCCUUCCCCUUCUUCAUAUUGGUUUUAUUCAGAGGCGGGCACGAGCCUUAACGUGUGUGAAUUUCUCUGUCUUUUUGCCAAGGGGUUUGGAGGAAGACAAAAAAAAGUCGUGUCUCCUCCUUUUUCACUCAGUCAGCUAUCGUUUUGGAGAAACGGAAUAAAUAAUUAAGAUUUUUUUUCGCGAUAGAGAAGGGCGAGUAAGCGCAAACGCGACGAGGUUGCCCGUCAAAUAUUUCUGUGGCUUCAACGACUGGGGGAAGCACGCCACCGCCACUCCGUUGAGUAGUAAGGCGAUUUUGGCGACUCCAAACCCGAGAGAGCAAAUCACGAUUUCCUUCUGCGUAAAGAUUGUCAAUUUCAGCGCAGAACAUGAAUAAGCUGUACAUUGGAAACGUGAGUGAAGAGGCGAGUGCCGAGGACUUGGAAACUAUCUUUGAGCAGUGGAAGAUUCCGCACAGUGGUCCGUUUCUCGUCAAAACUGGUUAUGCGUUCGUGGAUUGCCCCGAUGAAAAGAAUGCAAUGAUGGCCAUCGACAUUCUUUCAGGUAAAGUUGAACUACAUGGAAAACUCCUAGAGGUGGAACACUCAGUCCCUAAACGUCAAAGGAGCUGUAAGCUGCAGAUCAGGAACAUCCCGCCUCAUCUGCAGUGGGAGGUUCUGGAUGGCAUGUUGGCUCAGUAUGGUACAGUGGAGAACUGCGAGCAAGUAAAUACAGACACCGACACGGCAGUGGUCAACGUCCGAUAUGGUGCCAAGGACCAGGCCAGACAGGCGAUGGAAAAGCUGAAUGGCUUCCUGAUGGAGGACUUUGCCCUGAAGGUGUCGUACAUCCCCGACGAGACGGCGGCUGCUGCCACCCCGAACCUGGGUGGGGGUAAGAGGGGCUUUGUCCCCCGUGGUCCUCUGCGAUCGGGUUCCCCAGGCCUGGGGGCGCGCCCCAAACUGCAGUCGGACGUCCCUUUGCGCAUACUCGUCCCCACACAGUUCGUAGGAGCCAUCAUCGGCAAGGAAGGAGCCACGAUUCGCAAUGUCACAAAACAGACACACUCAAAGAUCGACAUCCACAGAAAGGAGAAUGCGGGAGCUGCAGAGAAGCCCAUCACGGUCCACUCCACCCCAGAGGGCUGCUCCAACGCCUGCAGAACCAUCAUGGAGAUCAUGCAGAAGGAGGCCCUUGACACCAAGUUUACUGAGGAGAUUCCACUGAAGAUUCUGGCUCACAACAACUUUGUGGGCCGACUGAUCGGGAAGGAAGGACGGAACCUAAAAAAGAUUGAAGUGGACACAGAGACCAAGAUCACCAUCUCCCCUCUCCAGGACCUGACGCUGUACAACCCUGAGAGGACCAUCACAGUGAAGGGUUCCAUCGAGGCGUGCUCCCGUGCUGAGGAGGAAGUGAUGAAGAAGGUCAGGGAGUCGUAUGAGAACGACGUGGCCGCAAUGAACCUCCAGUCUAACCUGAUUCCAGGACUCAACCUGAAUGCCUUGGGUUUGUUCCCUGGUGGUGCUCCAGGAAUGGGCCCCUCCAUGGGACACAACGCCCCACCUCCCGGUGCCCAGGGGGGCUACUCCUCAUUCGGGAGCAGUUACUUCGGGGGCGAAGGGCCAUUUUGGGCGUCUGUGCUGUCGGCGAGCAGCCAGCCCCUCUCUGGCCAGGGGCAGCCGGAGUCGGAGACGGUCCAUCUGUUCAUCCCGGCGCUGGCGGUCGGCGCGAUCAUCGGAAAACAGGGUCAACACAUCAAGCAGCUGUCGCGCUACGCCGGAGCCUCCAUCAAGAUCAGUGCGGAUGAAGUCCGUGUCGUAGAUGCAAACCAGGUAGCACCUCCAGACGGCAUGGACGCCAAGCAGAGGAUGGUGAUCAUCGCUGGACCACCGGAGGCCCAGUUCAAGGCUCAGGGUCGUAUCUUUGGGAAGCUAAAGGAGGAGAACUUCUUUGGGCCGAAGGAGGAGGUGAAACUGGAGGCUCACAUCAAGGUGCCCUCCUUCGCUGCUGGGCGUGUCAUCGGCAAGGGAGGCAAAACGGUGAAUGAGCUACAGAACUUGACCAGUGCUGAGGUGGUGGUCCCCAGAGACCAGACGCCUGAUGAGAAUGACCAGGUCAUCGUCAAAAUCACUGGACACUUCUAUGCAAGCCAGCUGGCCCAGAGGAAGAUCCAGGAGAUAUUGUCCCAUGUGAGGCGGCAACAACAGCCAAAACCCUCGCCCCGUGGGGACGGGCUCGCCCGGCCCUCCCGGAAGUAGACCUGGGGGCCAGUGACUGAACCGCCCGAAGACAGAGCAGAGACCAGAGGGGUAACACGGGCAGGGACGACAUGCUCAUCUCAGGGGUUAAGGGUCAUGGGUACCCGACUGUACACCCCAUCCCCCUCAAUGACCUCCUUGACCAACACCACAGUGUGGAUAGACCUUAACCCCCCCCCAUCACCUCACCUCUCUGUGAGAUUAUACUUCAGAGGGUUCCAAUGUUGUCACACACCCUCUCACCACACGGAUGGGUCCUGAUUGGUUCCUCUUUUUAUUUUAUUUUUUUUGUUAUUUUUUUGUAGAAAACACCAAGACAUAAGAAUUAUCCCCCUCCCUGGUGUGGUAACACUCACCACCUCACAUGUUGAUGACAGGUGUUCAUUUUGACACUCGUUUCAGUUUUUACUUUAGUUUUUUGCCCUGGAUGAAGUGUUUGUUUAAUUGGUUGAAGCUUUCUCUCCUGAGUUUUCUGUGGAAAGAAAAAGGCAUUGCUCUGAGUCCUGGUAGGAUGAUGAAAGAUUACGGGAAGGGGUUUAGACGGAUGGGCAGGGCUAGGGGUAAUACUCAUGUUUGAUUGGACAGGGGCCCCAGUGGUGGUUUAAAGGGGCGCCCCUGUGCUGGUAUUGAUAGUGGCAUUUUAUAAAUUCGGAUGCAUUUUAUAGAUAUAUAAAUAUAUAUUUAGAGUUGAGGAUAAGUUAACACUUAAGGGACGGGUUGAACAGUGUUGGCCAGGAAAACGAAUUUAAUAUGCAUUUUACUGAACUACCUCAGGAUCUCUAGUACCUCAAGACGACGAGAAAAAAAAUAAGAAAAUUGAUAUAUAUAAUAUAUAUGAGAAAAAAAAAAUCCUUUUUUUUUUUUAAUUUGCUUUGUGGUAUUUUGUAUACUUUAUAAAGCUAAUAGUUCUUGAAAAUUUUUAUUUUUUUAAGAAAAUUAACAAUUUGGUCAGCUGCCAAAUGACCUUGCCUUCAACUCUAGUGCUCUCCAGCAACAUCAACAUGAUGACGGUGGCCCUGUACAUAGUCUGUCUGUACAUAGAGCCAAGGGCGAAGUUAGCGCUCAACUCAGUUGGCUGCUGAUGGGAGUAUCGAGAGAGAAUACAUCGCCUCAGUUUUCCUGAGGAAUCCACCACCUUCUGAAAACUACAAAAAGCACGUCUAUAUUAGAGUAAUGCCGAUUCAUGCCAACCGUACAUACUGCAGUGACGCCGUUUAGUUUUGGGAUUCUGACACUUAUUGUUGACGGUACGUUUAAAUGUUUUCUUUUCUUCUGUCUUCCUGGAAGGGCAAUGGGAGGGGCCUGAGCACUGAGUUCUCUCUCUGUAGCCUUCAUAGAAAUGGACAUGGCAGAGCAGCACGGUCUGUUUGUUGUAUUUCUGUUACCUGCUUAGGCCUUGAACCAUCAUAGUCUCAAAUUUGCUUAUAGUGCAAUACAUGGGGAAUAGGGUGAAAUUUGGAAGUUUCUGACAAGCUAAAGUUCGGUCCACAGCCUGAUGGUUUUUAAAACAAAAAUUCUAGAGCGACUUUGCAGUGGCCCCAGUAGCCGCCGAGUCAGUCUGUUAGUGUAGUUUACUGCAUGGUGACGGUAGGGGGAGUCACACUGAUGGAUGCUUUUAUGGAAUCUACUGUAACUGUUUAACCAGCAGCAGCAGCUGUAACCUUUGAUUGAAGUGAGAGAAAGCAGUUCAAAUUAGUAUUCAUUACAAAAAGCCAAGCGGCACACAUUUUACUAAACAAACCCUGUUUGGGACGAGGAAGAUCGGUUAAAAAUCCAACGACAAAGAAAUACUAUACCAAGUUUAUCCUUUUUUAUUUUUUAUGCAGAAUGUAAAUAUGUUUUGAUUUGUGGUAAAAGUGCUUGAGUGUAUCCAUUCUUCCACAAUAGAACGCUGUCUACCUCAGCCGAGGGGGUGGGUUUGUGGCGGCGUGCGCCCUCACCCCUCCUAGCGCUCGCUCCCAUACACCACCUAGCGCCCUUCACCCCUCCUAGCGCCCUCACCCCUCCUAGCGCCCCUCACCCCUCCUAGCGCCCUCACCCCUCCUAGUGCCCUUCACCCCGCCUAGCGCCUGCGCCCUCACCCCCCCCUAGUGCCCACGCACUCGCUCCGACACUUCAGUACCCCCCCCCCCCCCCCCCCAACACUUCUCUGCAUGGGCGCGUGCGUGCUCACGCGGUCCAUCCUCGCGCUUACGUACAUGAGGGGCACAAGUGACGUUUAUCCCCCCCCCUCCUCAUCUGUUUUUUGAUCUACCUCUUUAGAAACACAUUUUGAAUUAGAGGCAUACUUCUAUUUAUUAGAUUUGGGUUCUUCUCCCGCUGUCCCCCCUUCUGCUGUCCCCCCCCUUCUGCUUUCCCAGAUAUAAAUGAAAAUAAACAAAUCAUGUUGUACUCUUUUAGAAUUUAAAGGAAAAAUUGAAAAGUGAUCAGAAAUAUUUCCUUUGCUAGCAUUUAUAUAAUCUACUCCUGCUUAAUUGAUUGAAAAUCCUCAAACGUUGCUUUUUCUGCUUUUAUUUUUGGUAGUGUGGCUUCCAUGUAUUGAACUUUCUUGCUUGGGUUUUUUUGUGAAAAAAGGUGUUUUCACCCGUGCAUUUUUUUGAUUCAGUGAAUGGACGAUAAGUAAAACUUAUAAACUGUAAAAAAAAAAGAAAAGGGGGGCCUGCCUUUUUGUUUCUGGUUUUAGACUAACAAUAAAUACGGUUUUUCUUACCUUUGUCUUCACGAAUGCUACAUUCAUUUGAUAGCGAUUUGUUCUGUUAGUAUUUUCUUCGAUGUGUAACAUGGAAAUUCAUGUUUUUGUGGGGAAAGUGGAGGGACUGGGUUAGGGAGUCCCUUUUUUUGGAAAAGUUGUCUGGUUUAGGCACGAUACCCUCUCUUCCCUGCCCCCUCUGCGAACAUGCUUGUGCCCCUUCACCCCCCCCCUCACACAGCUCAACUUGUCAAACGCCUCUGAAUAAAAACAAAGUGAAAUUGG